UGCUCGGUAAAGUAAAACCUUGAAUACUUGAGUGCGUUUCUUAAAUCUCUGUAAAACCCUAAAAGCUGUUCUUCCUCAAACGCUCAGCCACUGCAUCACCACCGCAAAAGCAGCCAUGGCGCUUACCUCUCUCCGCCUCCGCCGAACCCUCAGCAGCACCAUCUCCACACUCGGUCGCUCUCUCGCCGCCACUUCUACAAUUUCUGCUCCGUCUUCCUCAUCACCUCCACUCCAGGGCUUCAUUUCGGUAGAUCCCCCAACUUUGGUAGAGCAUUCAUGGCCUCUGCUCCAUCAAUCUCGUCAAUUCAGAUCGUCCUCUCUCUCGCUCUUGUCUGCCCGAUCAGCAUACGGCAAUAGCAACAACCAGAACGACGAAAUUGGGCCCGACACGAUACUGUUCGAGGGAUGUGACUACAACCACUGGCUCAUCGUCAUGGAUUUCCCCAAGGACCACAAACCUUCCCCUGAAGAAAUGGUUCGUACCUAUGAGGAAACCUGUGCCAGGGGCUUAAACAUCAGUAUGGAAGAGGCAAAAAAGAAAAUUUAUGCUUGUAGCACAACUACUUACACAGGCUUUCAAGCUGUAAUGACCGAAGAAGAGUCAGAGAAGUUUAAUGGUCUACCUGGAGUUAUCUUUGUACUCCCUGAUUCUUACAUCGAUCCACAAAACAAGGAGUAUGGAGGGGAUAAAUACAUUGAUGGAACAAUCAUUCCAAGGCCACCGCCAAUUCAGUAUGGUAGGCAGACUGGAAGAUAUGGUGACCGCAAUCAGCGUCCAAACCAACCAAGACAAGGUCAGCCGGGAGGACCAGUGCCAAAUCAGCAGGGAAAUCCCUCAUAUGGUCAACAGGGUCCUAUGCAAGGAGGUGGAAGGAACUAUGGACCUCCACAAAGUUAUCCAUCCCAACAGAAUUAUGGACCUCCUGGACAAGGGGAACAAAGGGAUCGUAUGCCAAUCAAUGCUCCUGGUGGGAGGAAUCCAUACGACCAGGGAAGUGGAGGUUCAACCCCUUCAUAUCAGGGAAGCUACAACCAGGGGGGUUCAGGAAAUUUGUAUCCUCAACAACAGAGGGAAUUCCAACAGGGAGAUCAGAGGAACUAUGUACCUCCUAGGCAGCAGGGUGGUACUAGGGAAGACUAUAAUAACUAUGGCCCAACGCAAGGUGCACCUUCUGGACAAGGAGUUGGUGGAUAUCAAGGCCAGGGACCCCGUGAGCCUUAUUGGCAAGGAUCAAAUUCUGGAGCUGUUGGGCAAGGAACUCCUGGUUAUGGGCAAAAUUAUCCUGGGCAGAAUCAAGGACAAGGUUUUCCCCAAGAGGAGCAAAGGAAUGUGCCAGGCCAGCAAGGGAACUAUCCACCGAUGGGACAAACUGGAACCAAUCAAGGAAGAUAUUGAGAACACUUGUUUCGUUGGAACGAUUUGACGAAGGGUUUUGCUGAGGUUGUUGUGAGCUACAUGCCUGUCUUGUUAGAUUGUAUAAUCUCAUCACAAACCAAAAUACAAAACCUUCUGAAUUUCGUAAUGGUAAAUAGUCAGUGUCUUUUAAAAUGAUGUUCAACUUUGGCAACAGAAUUUAGAAAUUAGGAACUGUUCUGUUUGUGCUUCUCCAAACUUCCCCGUCGUGCGGCCAAAUGUGAACGCCUGAGUUCUAUCAUAUUAUCAUGAGUUGAAACUUAAUUAUCCUAUUUUAUAAAUAGAAUAUUUUGUUUUACAA